UUCUCUCCUUCCAUGGCGUAUUUCUGAAAAAGUCUCCGGUGAUUUCAUAAUGCCUUCCGUUCAAAUCCGUUCUUCUCCGUCUCAUUCUUCACAGCCGGCGCCGAUGACGGUUACUGAUCUCAAGCAACGAGUCAUCGCCUGUCUCAAUCGUCUCUCUGAUCGUGACACUUUAUCUCUCGCCGCCGCAGAGCUUGAUUCAAUUGCUCUUAAUCUCUCACCGGAGAAUUUCUCUCUGUUUAUAAACUGUCUUCAGAGUACAGACUCUUCGGCGAAAUCUCCGGUGAGAAAACAUUGCGUUUCGCUUGUCUCUGUUCUUUCUCGUUCUCAUGGUGAUUCUCUCGCUCCUCAUCUCUCAAAAAUGGUCUCCACCGUCAUCCGCCGCCUCCGUGAUCCCGACUCCUCCGUCCGCGCUGCUUGUGCUGCUGCUUCCGUAGAUAUGACUACCAACAUCACCGGACAGCCAUUCUCCAUCCUCUUGGGGCCGAUGAUUGAAGCACUUAUCCACGACUGCGAUCCCAAUGCACAGAUUGGCGCUGCCAUGUGCCUUGCGGCUGCAGUAGAUGCCGCGGAUGAGCUGGAUGUUGAGCAACUGCAGAAGGCACUUCCUAAAAUCGGGAAAUUGCUAAAAUCUGAUGGUUUCAAGGCGAAAGCGGAACUUCUUGGAGCCAUAGGGAGCGUAAUUGGCACCGUUGGCGGCCGAAACAGCGAAAAGGCGGUGCUAGAUUGGCUUUUACCAAACGUCUCAGAGUUUCUAAGCAGCGAUGAUUGGCGUGCGAGAAAAGCUGCCGCAGAGGCGAUGGCUAGAGUGGCUUUGGCGGAAGAAGAACUAGCUCCUUUGUAUAAGAAGACAUGUGUAGCUAUUCUUGAGAGCAGAAAAUUUGAUAAGGUCAAAAUUGUUAGAGAGACGAUGACUCGUACAUUGAGUUUAUGGAAGCAACUUGAAGGUGAUUCAACAGAGGUCUCAGAGUCAUCUUCCUCCUCCAAAACAGCUUCUUCUGGUUUCUCUGCGACUUCAGGAAAGAGAAGCAAUACAUUGAGAGGCAAAGAUAGGAAUUUAAACGCACCACUAAGCUCAAAGUCAAAUGAUGUUGAGCCUUUAGAUCGUGGUGACACUCCUAAGGAUGUGGAGCAGGAAGCUGUUGUAUCGAAAGAGAAGCGGAAAACACUGGAAGUUAAACGGGCUCUGUUCCCGGCAAAGACGUAUAAGGUCAAAGAGAAUGCGUCGAACAAGUCACAAGUUGUUCAGAGUAGUGAUGAGGAGAGUCCUAAAACUGAAAGUGGUAGUAGCAGUUCUCAGGCAAAGAAUAAUGCAGAAGAGUUGUCUCUGAUAAGAAACCAGAUCACUCAGAUCGAAAAACAACAGUCCAGUCUGUUAGAUCUCUUUCAGAAGUUUAUGGAGAGCUCGCAGAACGGUAUGCAAUCUCUGGAGAGACGAGUACGUGGUCUAGAAACAUCCUUCAGCGUAAUCUCCACUGAUUUGCUGGUCUCUCGCAGCAUAACACAAAAUGGAAACCCCAAACGAAACGCCUGUCGACAGAACUGA